GGGAGGUAAUGCUAUGACUCACGCAUGUGUGCGAAUGGGAUAAAUAGGCGAUUCGCGCGCUCAGAAAUAAAUAAUAAAAUAGAUAGAAACAUUAUUGAGUGGAAAACAAGAUUACUCCCACAGUCCUGUAUGGAAUUUCCCCCCCUCUGUUCCCAUUCCGCGGUGGUUGGACUUGGACUGUCUUGCGACUCAGAGCGUCGUGUGGAUCGAGACCUGUAAUUCGUUUGUUUGGUGAUAGUUACCUGACCCGACAACCUGUGCACACGCAGACGCAACCGGUUGGUUAUUUCCGUUGAGAAUCUGAUAAGAGUCCCUAAGCGCACGGGAAUAACCGAGGACUGAUGGCCACGUCUGAACCGACAGCCGCCGGCGGCGACCAGGACCCGAACUCCGCCAAUUUACGACCUUCGUCCACAAACUAUGACGCGUGGAUGCAAGGAUGUACGCGGAAACUGGGGAUGAAGAUUUGUGGUUUCCUGCAGAAGAACAACAGUCUUGGGGAGGAAGGCCGACUUUCUGGUGCACUUUCAGAACGCCAGAAGAACCUUUUCACCUGUGAAAACAGUGACCGGGAUGUGCGCUUUCGCCGCACAGAAACGGAUUUCUCCAACAUGUUCGCGAGAGACUUACUUCCGGCCAAAAAUGGAGAGGAAGCUACUAUUCAGUUCUUGUUGGAACUUGUGGACAUCCUUACCAACUAUAUCAGGAAGACGUUUGACCGUUCCACCAAGGUCCUUGACUUCCACCAUCCGCACCAGCUACUGGAGGGCAUGGAGGGCUUCAACCUCGAGCUAUCUGACCAGCCUGAGUCCCUUGAACAAAUCCUCGUGGACUGCAGGGACACGCUCAAGUACGGCGUUCGGACAGGUCAUCCACGCUUCUUCAACCAGCUAUCUACUGGCCUGGACAUCAUUGGACUGGCUGGGGAAUGGCUCACCUCAACAGCUAACACUAACAUGUUCACCUAUGAGAUCGCUCCAGUGUUUGUCCUGAUGGAGCAACUGACCCUAAAAAAGAUGAGAGAGAUGAUUGGCUGGCCCUCAGGAGAGGGCGAUGGUAUAUUUUCACCAGGGGGAGCCAUCUCAAACAUGUACAGUGUGAUGAUCGCUCGCUACAAGUACUUCCCUGACGUCAAGACCAAGGGCAUGUCUGCUGCUCCUCGCUUGGUGCUCUUCACAUCCGAACACAGCCACUACUCAAUCAAGAAGGCCGGGGCAGCUCUGGGCUUUGGUUCAGAGAAUGUGGUCUUGCUGAGCACAGAUGAAAGAGGGAGAGUUAUUCCUUCUGAUCUAGAAGCUAAGAUCCUUGAUGUCAAGCAGAAGGGUUAUCAUCCACUGUUUGUCAACGCUACAGCUGGUUCCACAGUCUAUGGAGCAUUUGACCCCAUCAAUGAGAUUGCUGAUAUCUGCGAGAAAUACAACAUGUGGCUGCACGUAGAUGGUGCCUGGGGAGGUGGUCUCCUGAUGUCCAGGAAGCAUCGCCAUAAGUUCAGCGGUGUUGAAAGGGCCAACUCAGUUACCUGGAACCCUCACAAGAUGAUGGGAGUGCCUCUGCAGUGUUCUGCCAUCCUGGUCAGGGAGAAGGGUAUCCUGUCUGGCUGUAACUCAAUGUGUGCCGGGUACCUGUUCCAGCCUGAUAAACAGUAUGAUGUCAGCUUUGACACCGGAGACAAAGCCAUCCAGUGUGGGCGUCAUGUGGACAUCUUUAAGUUCUGGCUCAUGUGGAAGGCUAAGGGCACCAUAGGGUUUGAGCAGCACAUUGACCGGUGUCUGGAUCUGUCUCAGUACCUUUACGAGAAGAUCAGAAACAGAGAGGGAUAUGAGAUGGUGUUCCAGGGAGUGCCCCAACACACCAAUGUGUGCUUCUGGUACAUCCCGCCCAGCUUGAGAGGCAUGGAUCCCAACAGUCAGGAGUACCGAGAGAAACUUCACAAGGUGGCUCCCAAGAUCAAGGCCUUAAUGAUGGAGUCUGGUACGACCAUGGUGGGCUACCAGCCUCAGGGUCAGAAGGUCAACUUCUUCCGCAUGGUUAUCUCCAAUCCAGCGGCCCUCCAGUCUGACAUCGACUUCCUCAUCGAUGAGAUUGAAAGGUUGGGUCAUGGCCUGUAGACAACGUCGCCACGCUGGCCAAAUCUUCAGUGCUUAAUCUGUGACCAAGUGAGCACACUAUUAUCAGCUCUGACAUCAUUAUGGAGCUGUACAAGAUUUAUCCUAAGCAAUUCUAUCUGUAGGUAAGAUGUGCACAUCACAGCCUUCAUGGUGUGAUGGAUACACAAUCCAAUAUAUUUUAAAACCUAUUGAAAGUCUGUGUGUUUGGAGUAGAGCUGUGUUGUGUGUGUGUGUUCGUUUAGCAGUCAUUUGUCUAUCAGUGUUGUACAGUACAGAGUCAAAACUGGAACCAUGGUAGGGUAACACUGGGAAAGCCUCUACAUCAGGGUGUUUUUGUGCAUGGGAGUGAGUGUGUGUGAGUGCGUGUGUGAACACAAAGACAUGCUUGAGAGCACAAAUAGUAAACAGUGUUGUGUAUUAUGCUGAUUCAUAUUAUGAUAAACGUAAUGCAAUGCAUCUCUUGUGCUCAGUGUAUUUAUAAGAGCCAGAUGCGCCAACCCUUUUUCUCCUAGUGUUAAACCUAGAGCUCCAGAGUGUUUCUGGAGGUGUGUGUGUGUGUAACACAGUGUGUGUACUACGUGUUGUAACCUAACGCUGUAUUGACCUUUGAUCUAGUGUUGGCUGUUGGGAUGAAAUUGCCCCUAGAUACUGAUCCAGAGUCAGUAUUAUGUUUUUGUCCUUGACGGAUGACAUGAUUAAUUGUUUGCUUUUAGAGAAGCUGAUCCUAGAUCUGUCACUAAGGCGACUUCUACUAACAGAGUGUAAAAUCCUGGCUCCUUGUCUGUGUGGAACAAAAAUAUGUUUAAGUACAAAUAUGAUAAUGAUAUAUAGAUGAAUAUAUAAAGAAAAAUAUAAUUUAUUUAUGGCAUUACCAGUGUUUUUAAAAGUCUGGUAUUUUCUUCCAUUUGUAAUUGUUUAUUUGUAUACUAUAGCAUCUAUGUAAUCUGUAUGUUUUAUGAAUAAUGUUUAUUAAUCAAUAAUAUGAGUACAUUAUAGUGAAUUUGUGAGCCAAAGAAAGCAAAUCUGGAACAGACAACAAUGUCGAGAUUGCGCCAACUCACCUAAUCUCAUCUGUAAAAUAUUCUUAAGAUGUAACUCUGUUAUCCUCAGUGCAAUCUUUAUGGUGUGUAUCUGUGUAUGUGUGUCUCUCUGACUGAAUGUUUUGCAGGGAUCAGAUGGACUCUGUGAUAAUAGGUACACAACAAGAAUGAGAUUAUAAAUCUAGACAUAAUAUACUGCACAUGCCCAGAGCCAUAGUGAUCAUUCUAUGAUUCGGGCAACAAUUUUCUCUAUGAAUCUCUGGUGUCUACCUGCCAGUCCAUCCUUUAGCAAGAAGCACAAGGCUAAAGAGAGGAGAAUGUAACCUUGGGAAGAGAGAGGACUGUUCUUUUCUGACAGAAGUAACUUUAAGGUAUUGUAACACAUUUAGAUGUAUUAUGUAAUAUAUUUCCUGUACCUUCAAUGUUUUUGGAACUAAUAGGAAGAUCAAAAAGUGUCUUUGCACAGAAAUGUCCUCCAUUAUUUCUUCCAUUUUAAAUGGACGUGUGUUGCAGUAAUUUAAGAAUUGUCAUUAUAAAAUAUAUAUAUAUAUAUAUAUAUAUAUAUGGUAUGUAGGGACCAGCUAUGUAAACUGCACAAUCAUCUAAACCAUGUGACCUAACUUGAUUUGUAUGAUGCCGUACAGGGAGAAUUGUCCAUAGGAAGGUACAUUAGGCACUUUAACUCACAAUCAUGCAAUGUGCAGCUCCAAUAAAGUAUGUUAUUAAAGAAACAGGA